ACUCGCCGACUAGCGUCUUCGAGGUUCACACCGAAGUCGUAAAAAGGUAAUCUCUUUCUCUCUCUUCUCUUCUCUGGAUCCCCAAAUCUAGGGCUUCUUCUUCGAUGCGAAAUUUGCUGAAUUAGUACCUUAAUUUUUGUCCUCAAUUCUUGAUUUGGAGGCUUCGUCUUGUGUUUUACUUUCUUUUUUGACCUCGUGUUUGCUCACUUCACUGUGUUGAUUUUGGUAAAUUCUUCUCUUCGUACUGAAUGCGUGUUCUGGAUCCUCGAUUGACUUGUGUGAUCUUGGUUAUUUCGUUUACUUGUUAAGUGGUUGUGUUUGUGGCCAUUUUUGUUCAGAUGUGAGUGAAGAUUUUUUUUUAUUUGUUCUAUUUGCGUGCUUUUCAUUGAGUUUGAACUCGAGUUGCUACCUUCUCGAUUCGAUGUCAGAUUUGUGACUGCGUCUUGCUGCGAUGGGUUGCAUGAAAGUCAAAUGAGUAAACCAUUGUUGUCAGCAGACCCUGAUUCUGGAAAAUGAGUAAUAGGUGUAUGUAUCAGGAGUGGCAAAGCCACCGCUAUUCUAGAAUACUGCGAUAUGACUUGAAAGUCGAUGUUAUUAAUUGUUUGUUACCUAUUGUUAGUUUAUUGUAUUUGUAGUUGUUAGUCCCCAAUGUUGAUGUAAUUUACAUUUUGAAGUAGGAAGGAAUUAUUACUUGUCUGGAGUUGGCAAUGGGUUGGGCAUUAAGGGGUACCCCCUGUGUUAAAUUUUAAUCUAUGCUGUUGUGAGAUGUUUAUAAAUGCGGAUCUUUAUAAAUACACAAACCAUUUUUGUUGGUUAUAUCAAUUUGAUAGUCUUUGCUCAUUUUUGGACAAAAAAGGAAGAUAUUAUUGAUGUAUUCCCUUUUUCCUCAAUUGCAUGUCUGCGAUCUUCUUCUAUGUCAUGCUGUAUUUUUGUGUUGAUUUGCCCCUUUAAUAAGGUAUAUGUUGUGUUUAAACUUGUUAGGGUUUCAAAAGAUGGACAACGUGCACAGUUUCUGGCAAUUGGGUGAUGAACUUCGUGGACACUCAAAAGCAUCAGAGGAUCACAAAUGGCUAAUGGUUGCUUCAAAAUUGGCUGAGCAGACAAGAUCAAAGGGGGAGCGUGUGAAUAACCUUGAUCUUUCAAAAGGCCCCAUUGAAACAAGGCCAAGGGAUAAAUUUGGGUUCCAGGAAGAGAAUAAAUUUGACACUUUUAACUUAAGCAUGUUGAACCUGGACUCUAAAAUUACUGAAAAUGUGAGCAAAAGCGCCCUUCGAAAUGGUGUUUACAACAUGAAUGCAGUGUAUCAGAAAAGCAAUGCAAACUUGGUGGGUAAUGUGAACAGUAACAAGUAUAAUGGUAAUAUUCAGCAUAACAAAGAGACCAACAACAGCAGUAACAACAACAACAAUGAAAACAACUCCUCAAAUGCAGCUGACAAAAGGUUUAAGACCUUGCCUGCAGCUGAGACACUCCCGCGUAAUGAGGUGCUUGGAGGAUACAUCUUUGUCUGUAACAACGACACAAUGCAGGAAGACCUAAAACGCCAGCUAUUUGGUUUGCCUCCAAGGUAUCGAGAUUCUGUUAGGGCAAUAACACCAGGAUUACCUCUAUUUCUGUAUAACUAUACCACGCAUCAGCUGCAUGGUAUUUUUGAGGCAGCAAGUUUUGGUGGCUCUAACAUAGAUCCUACUGCAUGGGAGGAUAAAAAAUGCAAAGGCGAGUCAAGGUUUCCAGCUCAGGUAAGAAUCCGUGUCAGGAAACUUUGCAAGGCUUUGGAAGAAGAUUCGUUCAGGCCAGUAUUGCAUCAUUAUGAUGGUCCGAAGUUUCGUCUUGAACUGUCAGUUCCAGAGACUCUGGAUCUGUUGGACCUAUGUGAACAAGCUGGUUCGGCAGCAUUAGCAAACAAGGAAUGUGCAAAAUAGGUAGGUUUUGGUGUGCCAGCUGUGUGCUUUUGGCAGAUUUUCCAUGAAGCGUAAGCUUGGAAAGUAGUUUGUUUGGCGGAUCAUCUUUGGGGACUAGGGGAGCGUGUUGAGAGUGAGACCCUGGUGAAUAAAUGUUGUGGUAUCCCAUGAAGAUGCUUUAUAGCUGUUGCAUGACAUUUAAUAUCUUUGUAUUAUUAAGUACAGACUUGGUAUGCAAUCAAAGAGACAACUGUUUGUACUUGUAAGGCAAUGUGUAUUUCUGUUAAACCAAAAAGAAAAUGU